UUAUAAUUUCAUAGUGUAAGCCGAACCUUCAACAGGACUUGUUACUGUCUGUGUUGCGUAAUUGCGUACGCUAAAUUAAAUACUUGCAGGGCUUAUUACUUGAUACAUGCCUUGUUCUAUAUUUUAGGAAUUGCUUUUUAUUGUGUCCACUUUCCUAUUGAUGGCUGAAUAUCAAUGCAUUGAAUGCGGGGCAAACGUGCCCAGUCUAUACACUGAUUUUAAAGCUGGAAUAAUAAGGAUUUCUCAUUGUAAAAGCUGUGGUUCAGUUGCUGACAAGUACAUUGAAUAUGAUCCAGUCAUCAUAUUCUUGGAUGCAAUGCUGUUGCAGCCACAGCCAUACAGACAUCUGCUCAUCAAUACACAGUUUGAAUCUCAUUGGAGACUAGCCUUAGUCCUGUGGGUAUGUGAUGCCUUUGCCAAGCUGGUCUUGCAGCGGUCAGAACUAACAAGUGGUCCACAUAAUAGCCUUGAUGGCAUCCAGUACACACACCUAGGGCUUGAGCUGUACCUCAACUACAUAGUAGCAGCUUCAGAACUUCUUGCUCUGCUGUUGUCUGUACAAGCUGUACUUUUUUUGAGGAGCCUAUUGCAAGGUGGAAGUGUGGGAUUAAUUUGGAGCCAGCUCAUCACAAAAGCAGUCAUUGUGGCCAGCUUAGGGCGAGUGCUCGCGGUGCCAGCUCUUCUUUGGGGUCGCUCCUUCAGCACAGCCUUUGUGUGGCUCUGCGAUGGAUUUGUGUUUCUGUCCACUCUGCAGGCUUUGCGAGUUGUGCUGUCUGCUGGCAAGUACAAAACUCUCUGGACAGCUGUAGCUGUUGCUGUGGGAUUCCUUGCUCAAUGGAGGCUCUCUGAAGUGAUGCGUGCAUGGUUCAAAUACUUCUUUUCUAUGCCGUGAUAUGCAAAGAAUGAAUCUGCUACAGCAUAUGGAACAAUUUAAGAUUUGUUGUAAUCUGAAACAUGCUACCCCCCCCCCCCCCACCAUUUAUUGGAUCUUUUAAAGUGAGUUUAUUUUCCCUGGCUACAUACAGUGUCUUGUUGGGGAUUCCCAUUUUGUUCCCACCUGUGUUUUCUUGUGCCUAUCCUCAGGGAUAGUCGACUGCAGGUUCUUCAACUUGCAGUGCAAUUGAUUUUAACUUGUAUGGUCUUUGCUAAGGGUUUCUAAUCUGUCUCACAGCGAUGUAAUAUCUUUUUGCCAUGAGAUACUUGACUAACUCUAUUUGACCAUACUGGAGAUAGCAAUAAAAAAAUUGGAUUCACACUGUAAUUAUUUUUUAACUACAUUGUGAUAUUUUUAAAGGAUCUUUUAUUGUUUGUGUUGAUUCGAGCUUUGUAAAUUUCUGUGAAGAAUUUGUUUAGAAUUUGUCUCAAUAGCCAGCACUGUCAGGUCUUCAUUCUUUAGCUUUUAUCUGUUUAGAUUUAAUUACGGCAAACUGUCUGCAUAAUAGAACAGAGCUUUUCGUUCCCAUCAAAGAAAUCCUUGAGCUUGAUCUUUCCUGUCUCAAGGUCAAGGCUGUGAAAUUCCCAAGAGCGUCCCAGCUCCUAAGACCACCAUCUUGAUGUAAACUUUGCAUCAGAUCUGGUACUUUUGCCUGAGAGGUGAGGACCACUUGGCGAAGAAAGAACCCCACCUCUCCCACCAACCCCCCCCUCUCCCCUUCCCUAUUUGUUUGAUGCCUUUUUCUGCAUCUUGACAGCGUGAUGAUAAAUUUUACAAAAUGAUAUUCAUGCUAUGCUAGAUUAUGUCACUUCAACUCUGAAACUUGUCUUUUCCCCUUGGUGUCUUAUAUAUAUCUUACCAGACUCAGUCAUCAUGUUUUAAUGGAGUGUCGGUGGGUGGUUGGCUGGUGCUCUGGUGUGGUAUGCUCCUUCUUUCCUAUCAAACAUCUGGCAUCCUGAUCUCUCCUUUUUUGUGUUUGUUACUCUCAUGCAACACCUCUGUUCUUCGCUUGUAUAACCAUAUUGUGUUGUUGCAAGUGCCAUAAAGCUCUUUAUAAGACAAAAAAAA